UUGCUGGUGCAGCUGGCAAAGCUUCACCGGUUCUUCACAUUAAACCAGCAGAUUGGCAUCCUUUCAUCAACAUACUGUUCUUAAGCUCAGCAAAGAUGAUCCACAAGACAGAAAUACAGAGUAGGGUAAUAUUUGCAUUAAUGGGCUAUAACCACAAUUUAGGACACUUUGGGAAUUUACAUUUUACAAUUGAAAUACACAUUCUAACCUCAAACCCUCAAUAUUGAUAAGGAAAAACACCACACAAAAAAAAACUCCUCUUGGAAACCUCUUGGAAAACAAUAGAAUAGGGAUCCCUCCUCGAGGACUGACAGACACACAGUAGUGUAGACAGAAGUAGCUGUAGUAAAAUGAUGAUAUGAAAGAGAAACAAAUGGCAAUAUUAAGUGAAUAAAGCACAACAAUUUUAAAUAAAUAGUAAGUUUAAUGCUUUAAAAACACUUGUUCUGUAUUUUAUAGGCUAAUAUUAGGCUAGUAGUUUUAUUUAUUUUUUGAUUUAAUAUACUGAAAAACUAUAUUAACAAAUAUAAAUUAAUAAAAAGUAAAGGACUCAGCAGUGGGGACAAACAGUUAAUAAUUUUUUUUUUUUUUUUACUAUUUUUAUUAAUUCAUUAUUAUUAUUAUUAUAAAUGCUGUCUAUGACCCUACUUGCAUUUUAUUCCAAUUGAAUACGCUCUCCCACCUCAACUUGAAAACAUGUCAAAUGACCAUAUGGUCUAAUGUUGGCAAAGACUCAUAUUUUGAUGUUAAAGUAGGUUUAAGGUGUGAUCGCCAGUUUUUUAAAACUGAAAAUGUGGGAACAGCCCUAUAGGAAUGUAUAAGAGCCAAACUAUUGUUUUAACCAUAUACUUGUAUCAUGGCUGAGUAUUUUUAGCAGAAGCAGUGUGAUUCAUACAAUAUUAGUAAUCAGUAAAGUGCAUUACAUUGAUUUAGCAGCAAUGACUUUGCAGAAUUCUCAUCAAUAUAUUAUGCAAUGCUUUUCUGUGCUGCACUUAGCUGUCGCUUACUAACACACAUACACUGCAAACUGAAGAAGAUGGAGAAUGAUUUCUACUAGAAUUUAUCUUCUUUCACAGACACACACAAUCUGUGGUAAUAAUGCAUACCUAUCUGACUGGAAAUGGUAAAAGCCCAUGGGACAUGUUUUGCUGUAGAGCAUAACACUGUGAUAGGCACUUGUCAAAAUGACUUUCUAGUGUCACAUAAAAUGGUGGCAAAAUUAAAUUUCAGUCCAAAUAGAGCUAUUGAGAUGAUUGAAGUGUCAAUAGAAUAAUUAGGCGGUCUUUCUACUUCACUCUUUGUCACGCAUAUACAGUACACAUGCACACACACUCCCAAGAGUCUAACACCACAGUGUCAUUAUGGUUGUGGGUGUGCAGUCAGUGAGUUGAGACCUCUAAUGAAGCAUUUGCUGAGGUGACAGUUUUAGCUAAACAACUGCAGUGGCAGUUAACAUAUUAAAAUAAAUGAGCUAGAAGAAGCAGAGGAAUGUGUAAUGUUCAAAUCUUAAUUCCAUGAUAGAGUAGUUACUCUACUGCCAUCCAGCUGCUGAUAAGAGACAUUAGAGAGUAACCUUAUGUAGUGGAUGUAAAAUACAGCUUUAGCCACGAUAACACAUUUUUGUACACAUUCUUAUUGGAUACUUAGGUAUUGGGUAGACAGAAUAUAUGCAAAAUAUGAAAAAUUAGAAAAUUACAAAGAAUUACAAAACACUGCUACAAGGUCUGGUUAUAUUACAGGUUGAAUGCCAAUCAGAAUCAUUUGCUAAUUAAAAUAAUGUAAUAAUAAGGGGAACAGUCUCGAAAAUAAUAACCACAUAAUCCAUACCAAACACAUGCACACAUUUUUCACAUUUUUAAGCUAACCAGCAGGGAAAUGAUGUUCAGGAGGUAAGAGGCUGCUAAAACUAUACAUGACAUGCAGCCCAAUAUGACCCACCUUUGUAACAGUGUGUCUGCCACUUGUUUUCUGAGCAUCGUGAGUCACAUUUUUCAGUUAACAAUUUCUUAAAGAACCUAUCUCUCUCCUCACCCCUCUGGGCUUUCCAAUAUCGAAGGGGUGCAGAGAAAUAACAGGUUCUUUCAAGCAUUAACUUAUGAGUUACAAAGUAACCUGUAGGGAGAGUUGCCAUAGAAACCUAGCUCAUUAUAAUGAGAAAGACAAGUAUGAAGGCAGGGAUGAAGUACACACCUACUUUUUAAACCACUACCAAAAGUAUUUGUUGCAUUUGCACUUUGGCAUCAGACAGAAAUGCUUCAGAACAAACAUUAAGUUCGCCAACAGGGAAGAUGUGAAGACCACCAGGUUUGUUUGGGAGCAACUGGAACAAGUGGGGAAAGCUGAAGAGUCCAUUUUAAAGGUGAAGUUAUUCUGUAACUAACAAAGUUUUUUAUAGGAGAGGCCAAAAAUCCACAGGGAAUCAACACGUACAUGAGAGUCCUACAGUGACUGAUGAGAAGACAUUAAAAAAAAGGUGAGAUUAGUAAUUGUUAUUGACACAAAACUUGAAGAAAGAUACACUAACUUUGAACCUUUUCAUAUCUCACUUGUACUAAAUUAGAAUUUAGUAUUUAAGCUCGUCAGCCUUAGGACAGGGAGUGGGACAAUGGGCUCUACAGGCUCCAGACCCAGGCAGCGUAAAGUAGCACCAUCUAGCCUGCAAGAAGAAGGGGCACAGCCCAAACCACAAUGGACCCUCCCUGCUCUGCCAGUGGCUGUGGAGCAGCAGUCAGGAUUUCAGAGGAAGACAAUCUUACCUCCACUGAAACAGGAAAUAACUCUGUCCACACUCUCAGAACCAUGCUUUGCAGGAAACCUCCCACUAAAGCAAAGCAACAAUUCAAGCAUCAUUCACUCCCAUCCACCCCGAAGAUCCCAGGCACUGCAACCACUGGCCCUUCAAAUUGGCCACACAAGCACUGCCAAUCAAAUUGCCAUGAGCAGGGACUGCAGAGAUGGGGGUGUCCACCGGUUUUCUACAACCGGCCAGGCAGGACACUCCGGCACCAGCAGAAUGAUUCAGGGAGGGUUCCUGGAGGCCCAGACAGCUCUCACUCAACAGACUCAUCAACAUCGGCGAGCUCACCUCCGACAAGCCAGAGAGCAGAGAAGACAUAAGGUUGUCUACAAAAUUAAUGUUGGAGGUCCAAAUACAGAGGGGAUCCAGAGACUGAAACUUGUGAGAAGGCCCACAGAGAGGGACAUCUUCUGGGAUGAGACCACAGGAGAAAGUCUGGACCCCAGCUGCAUUCUGGACCCCAUAUCUCUGCCUCACCUCUAUGACAAGAGUCAGCGUAACCAGCCAAACAAACACCUCCUGUGCACAGGAGAAGACGGGAUCCAGAGAGAUCGAGCUCAAGGUCCCAGAAAGAGAGAGGAAAGAACUCAACAAAGUGGACACAGGGUACUGUCUUUAGACAAAAACUUAUCAUGGACAAAUGAAUAAUGAUUUGGCCUGAGUCUGCCAGAAGCUGUCAGACAGGGAGGAUAAGAGGUGCAAGAGGGAUCUGGGACUAUAAACUGGAGAACACUUAGUUAACCAACUUGCAUAAACAAAACUCCUGAUGUUCCAGAGAUAUUCCCUCCGUGGCUGAGUUUAUGGUGCCCUCUAUGGGUGAAAGUGAUGUACAAAAAUGAGAAAACUUGCUGUUGAGGCAGUGAGUCUGAAACUCAUUUAGCCUUCCCACAAUAUUGAUAGCAAACAUUCAAAAACACAAUUCACAAUUAAAUCAGCCAGCUUUGAAGCUAUUACUGGGCAUUUGGUAUAGUUAGUGCAAAAGAAUCCUUCAGUAUCCAAAGAUAUCCCCUUAUUUGAAAAGAUCUGUGACUCUUGAAGAAUAAUUAGACUGAAAACAGGAAACUGCAAAUUGCACCAUCAUUAUUCAAGUGGUCUCCCUGAGGCCGGCUCUUAGUGGAUUUAGAGAGGCUGAGAGGAACUGGACUCCUACCAAACACCUGGCACAGUGGCCGACAAAAGCCUGGUCCUCAGGCACGGCGCGUUAGAUGAACAUUGCUGGGAUCACGUCGCACAGCAAGGAGCUGGACAGGAAUUAAAUGAGCAAAGAUUAUCUGGCAGUGGUUGAGUAGAAGUAUUUCAAUAAAAGAAAGGAGUAUUAAACUGUAUCAAAGUAAGCAAAAUAUUCUAACAUGAACUUUAUUGUACUCUACCACUGGGUGUCAUAAUUGGGCUGAGGGACACAGUGAUGUAAACUCCCAUAGUCCCAGUGUUUGUAAUAGUGUAGUAAAUGUUUUGGUAUGGUCAACCUUUUGGCAUGAAAGAUCAUUCUGAGCAUUUAAAGCUAGGCAACCUUGGGAUAGAUUAACAUGAUUUAUGAGAAUCAACACUGCUGCUUUAGUGUCACAAAUUGAUUUUGGCCCAUGUGAGUUUUAUUUUGAUGACUAUUGUACAAAAGUGUUAAUCCCUUUCCUGUAUGUGUGUAUACAAGAGUAAACAUGAUGAUGAAUAAUUAAUUAAUUAAUUAAUUAAUUAAUUAAUUAAUGAUUCUGAAAAACACUGUUUCACUGAAUUAAAGGCCCAAAGGUACGAGAUGAAUGCACUGGAGCAGAGCAAAACAUUAAAACAAGUCCAAUUACUUAGCAAGCCAUUCAAUCAACAAAGCAAAGUCUGCCAGUGAGAGGCCACUGACUGCAGACUUGAGGAGCCAGACUGACCACAUAUUGGGAUACUGAGGAGAUUUAGAGUGGCCCAACUCUUCAAAAAAAAAAAACUUCUCCUUUUCCAGUUCACUAGCCACACACACUGGGCCUUAAAGCCAAAUCAUCGUGGAGGGGGAGAGCCGAGAGGUCUCGGUGUCUGCCACUCCGCACUGCUACAUAAAAAGAAGGUGAAGGAUGCCGUGUGAGCAAUUGGUUCCAAUUGACAGAGGAUUGGUCAUGGUCAGCCUUCUGAGUGGAAAUCCACGUGAGAAUGUAGCAUUUGGACCAGCAAGGGGCACAAGAGGCCAACAGCAGACAAUGAAGGCACUCAGAGGAGUCUGGCUGCUGUGGUACAAGUGGGGCACAAUCUCCUCUGAUUUAACCCUUCAUCAGCUAGUUAUUCAUUCAACAUAAUACAUUGAGGUGGAGCUUUCAUAGUAGAAAUGUAACAGAAUUAGUAUGAAACUCAUCAUAGUUCAGGUAAUAGUAAACAGUAAGAAAUGCCUGGAACUAAAUGCCCCUCUGUAAAUAAUCUCUUUAUAACUAAGUAUUGAUUGUAAAGAGAGGUCUACCUUGACACGUGUGUUAAAACAAUAAAGAUCAAAAUCAUAUACUUAAAGUUCAUACUACACACUACAUUAAUUGAGUUAAAGCACAUAUGCAACCUCAAGAGGCGACCCUACCAUUUCCAUCCUUGUGACUUUUUCACCAAUUAGGCAGGUCCUGCUCGCUGAAUGGGACCGGCUGCUUUAAAGUCUCAGGAGGGCCAGAGGGUCAGCGGUCAAUCACAGUCUGGUUGGAGAGGUUGUGUGUUUGAACUAGCCACUAGUUGACAGGGCAGGGAUAGGGUCAAAAUGGGUGGGGGAGUGAUUGGUGGAUGAGGGCAAGGACUCCUGCCAGCUCUAAAAGAGGAGCCUUUUGUAGCCAAGACACUGGCCAGAGCAGCCUGGCCUUUCACAGCACAGCCGCCCCUCUCCUCCAGGCCCACAACAGCUGAUGACAAGGCCCCAGCUGCUAAUUAUCCGGCUGAUGGAGAGUCACUGAAGUGGGACUGUCAGAGCGAGGGGUGGUCCUUGUGUCUGCAAUGGGAUAAAUCUGAGGGAGCGUGAAGGUUGGGGGAUAAAAGAAGAAGUUUGACUACAGGGGCAGGUAUUUUUCUUUUAAGUAUCCAUUCAUCAACAAAAUCAAUACUUCUGCCAGUCAAAGUUUUCAGAUUGAGAACUGUGCUGAGUGAAAGCUAAA